AUGCCCAAGACCAACGGCAUCGUUCCGGUGCGAUGCGACACGAAUGGUGACGUCGACGACGUCGACGGCCAGGCCAGACCCGAGACGCCGUCGGGCGGCAUGGCCCUCACCGAGUACUGCGCCAACCCGUCGCCGUCAUCGGAGGAGAAGCGGCAACGCAUCCGCGCCGUUGUGCCCGACGACUACCUCCUCCCCAACGGCUAUCCUGAUUACCUGCGGCUCAUCGCGAGCGCGACGUCGCGCGUCUACGAAGCUUGCCGGGUGACGCCCCUCACGCACGCCGUCAACCUCAGCGACCGGCUCGAGUGCACGGUCCUGCUCAAGAGAGAGGACACGCAGCCCGUCUUCAGCUUCAAGCUGCGCGGCGCCUACAACAAGAUGGCCCACCUCGACCCGGCGCAGAGCUGGCGGGGCGUCGUCUGCUGCUCGGCCGGCAACCACGCGCAGGGCGUCGCCUACUCGGCGCGCAAGCUCAAGAUCCCCGCCACCAUCAUCAUGCCCGAGGGCACGCCGAGCAUCAAGCACAAGAACGUGGCGCGGCUCGGCGGCCACGUCGUCCUGCACGGCGCCGACUUCGACGCCGCCAAGGAGGAGUGCGGCCGGCGCGAGAAGCAGGACGGGCUCAUCAACAUCCCGCCCUUCGACGACCCCUACGUCAUCGCCGGCCAGGGCACCAUCGGCAGCGAGCUCUUCGGCCAGGUCAACAUGGCCAAGGUCGAGGCCGUCUUCUGCUGCUGCGGAGGCGGCGGCCUCAUCGCCGGCAUCGGCCUCUACGUGAAGCGCAUGGCGCCCCACGUCAAGGUCAUCGGCGUCGAGGCCCGCGACGCCAACGCGCUGGCCCAGUCGCUGAGGAAGGGCAGGCGCGUCGUGCUCAAGGACGUCGGCCUCUUCGCCGACGGCGCGGCGGUCAAGACGCUCGGCGAGGAGACGUUCCGCAUCGCGCGCGAGGUCGUCGACGACGUCGUCGAGGUCACCACCGACGAGAUCUGCGCCGCCAUCAAGGACAUGUACGACGACACCCGCUCCGGCCUCGAGCCGGCCGGCGCCCUCGCCAUCGCCGGCCUGAAGCGCUACGUCGCCGAGCGGCCGUCGCAGGAGGCGGGCCGGACCCUCAUCGCCGUCACGUCGGGCGCCAACAUGAACUUUGACCGGCUGCGCUUCGUCGCCGAGCGCGCGACGCUGGGCGAGGGCAAGGAGGCGCUGCUGUCCGUCGCCAUACCCGAGCGGCCGGGCGCCUUCGCCAAGCUCAUCGACAGCAUCACGCCCCACGCCGUGACCGAGUUCUCGUACCGGUACGCGAGCGGCGAGCGGGCCAACAUCAUGAUCGGCCUGUCGCUGACGGCGCCGGCGGCGCAGCGCAACGACGAGCUGGCGACGCUGAUGAAGCGCAUCCGCUCCGAGGGCAUGAGCGUGACGGACCUCUCGGCCGACGAGCUCGCCAAGAGCCACGUGCGGUACCUCGUCGGCGGCCAGUCGCACGUCGCCAACGAGAGGCUCUACAUGUUCAGCUUCCCCGAGAGGCCCGGCGCCCUCGAGAAGUUCCUGACGACGCUGCGGCCGCGCUUCAACAUCAGCCUGUUCCACUACCGCAACUACGGCGGCGACGUGGCCAAGGUGCUGGCGGGCAUUUCGUGCCCGCAGGACGAGGCGGGGGAGCUGUCGCAGUUUCUGCGUGACGUCGGCUACCCCUUUGAGGACUGCACCAACUCGGACGUCUUCAAGACGUUCCUACGCACCUAG